UUGUCUAUAGCACCAGGUUUUCUUCGCCUGUUUUAACUCUCAUAUCUCUCUCUCUCAAAACCACCUUCCUCAUCUCUCCCACUCCCACCUUCUCUCCACUUAAUUGAACUUAUCUAUACUCUCCCUGCAUUUCAAACAAAUUUUUUAAAGCUCAAAAAAAAUAAUUAAAAGCCCACAACUUCCCAGAACAAACCAGAACUCUUCUUGUUGAUGUUUAUUUACUCUUUUAUUUAUGGUUGCUGAAGAACCUCUUGAAAAAGCUUUGUCUUUUUCUCAUUCUUUUCUUUGGUACUUUAUCUAGACAUUGAGAUGGCAAGAGAAAAAGGAGUAGAAGUGCAUGCAGAGAAUGCAAUUUUUUGUGGGGGUGAUGCUGCUAUGGAUGAUGAUGUAGUUGAUGAAAUAAUGGGGGCUCUCAGUGAAGCAGAGAUCUGGCUUGGAGGUGAUGAACAAGAUGAGACUCCGGUGGCUGAUUCUUCUAUUUUCGAUAAUAGUUUCCCACCGCUUCCUGAUUUUCCAUGCAUGUCUUCAACCUCAUCUUCAUCCUCUACUCCGGCCUUGACGACUAAACAGUUCGUUUCGUCGUCUGCUUCCCCGGCUUCUUCGUCUUCUUCAGCAGCUUCUUGGGCCAUGAUAAGGUCAGAUGCAGAUCAGAGAAUGAAGCAAGAUGUGAGGAGUAUCCAGUAUGAUCCUGCGACACCGGUCCCGGAUUUAUCAGAUGGUUUCAGGCCAUCUGAUGGGAGUACUGGAAUGGAGGAUGUGGAUUGCAUGGAUGUGAUGAAUAAUUUUGGGUACAUGGAUCUGAUUGAUAUUGAAGAUGGAAAUGAUUUAUGGGACCCAUCUUGUAUCUUUCAAAGUGAUGAUGAUCAGACUUAUUCGAGAGAUCAAAGUAUCGUAAGUCAGGAUGUGCGGAAUCGAGAAGAUGAAAAUUGUUACAUCAUAGAGGGGGGAAAGGAAGUGAAAGAAAAAACGGGUUUUGAUGAACUUGGAGUUAUGUUUUUUGAGUGGCUAAAAAAUAACAAAGAGCACAUUUCGGCUGAGGAUAUGAGGAAUAUUAAGUUUAAACGAGCAACCAUUGAGUGUGCUUCGAAACGUUUAGGGAGCACACAAGAAGGAAGAAAACAGCUAUUGAAACUCAUUCUUGAAUGGGUUGAGCAGCACCAUCUUCAGAACAAAAGGAACCAAGAUGCGGCAGCUGCUGCUCAUCAAGUAGUCCCUUGUCAAUAUCAAGAAUCUUUUCCGAACCCUAACCCUAACAUACAGAAUACUAUUCCCACUAUGGAUGCAAACACUUUCAUGUGGAUUCCCACUCAAACUUAUUUCAAUCAGGCAUUGGUGUCCCCAGCUGCUUCUGCGCCAGCAGUAUUUCCACCGCCUGCUAUGGCUUAUGUAGUUGGUGAUCUUCAACAGCAACCUUUUGUUGGUGGUGCUAACGCUUCUCCAAUGAAUUGUCAAGCCUACUCUCCUCAGAUGCCGAUGCCGCCAACAGGAUAUCAUUUGCUUCAGCCUGCUCAGUCAUGGCCGCAAUCGCAGUUUGUUUCAGCCCCUCAAUAUAAUUCAUUUCCUGAUCAAAAUGGUACUUUUGCUCCUAUUACACCUCAGCCGUUUGCACCUGUGUAUGGAGAUCAAAACCCUUCUCAAAUUUACAACGGAAAUAAUGUUGAGGAUCCAAUAAGGUUGGGUCCUUCUGCUACUAAAGAGGCUAGGAAAAAGAGGAUGGCUCGGCAAAGACGGGUUUCAUUGCAUCAUUAUCGCCACCAUCCACACCAAAAUCAACUCAAAAAGGUUGACUCGUCGGGACAAAAUGAAGGGCGGUUCAAUAUAGAAACUUGCACUGAUAACAUCGAUGGUGUAACCAGCCCUCUCAAUUGUAUUCUCCAGCCUCCUGCUAUUGAGUCUCCAAUCUUGGAACAGCCUCAUAAGGAAGCACAGCCACGGCAACAGGAGUGUCAUACGAGUGAUCGGACCUUACUGCGAGCACAGAGCAAUCAGCAGCUGACACAGACGUCGGAGCGUGGACAACAACUACAGAAACAGGAAUUUAAAGGUGGGAACAACUUCAAACUUCUCUUACAGAAGGUGUUGAAGCAGAGUGAUGUUGGUAAUCUUGGAAGAAUUGUACUGCCUAAAAAAGAAGCUGAAACACACCUCCCACAACUGGAUGAAAGAGACGGCAUAUCGAUUGACAUGGAAGAUAUAGGAAUUUCAAAGGUUUGGAACUUGCGCUACAGUCUCAGAUUCUGGCCAAAUAACAAAAGCAGGAUGUAUCUCCUUGAAAACACAGGAGAUUUUGUGAGAACUAAUGGACUUCAGGAAGGAGAUUUCAUUGUCAUAUACUCAGACAUGAAAAAUGGCAAAUAUCUGAUAAGGGGAGUGAAGGUAAGGCAGCAGCCUGCGAAACCGAAAUCUGAGCCAAAAGUGAAGGCAACAAGGAAAAAUCGCAACUCAGGAGCUGGUAAUGGUCAUUCCUCCACACCAUCUAAACUGAAGGGAAAGUGAAUAAGUGAAGCAUAAGCAAAGAAGUGGCCAAACCGCUGUUAAGAAUGUAAAGGCAAAAACAUUGCAUAUAUAUGGUACUAGAUAAUUAAUUAAGCUUGGCCAGUGUGCGCUGCAUAGGUAUAUCGACUUCAAUGACCCAUCCAUAGUUUUCUUGCUCUUUAUUCAAUUAUCUCUUAUGCCAAAGGUCACAAUUGGUGUGAGCCAGAAAAAUGUGUGACUAGGAUGAAUGAUCAAAUCUUGGCAAGUACUACUUAAGCUGUCAAUGUGCGACACCAACCAGGUCUCAGAGGGAUUUGAAGACUAUAAUGUCGUUAUGGUUUGUUUCUUUUUGGAGGGGCUCAGAUCUAUCACCGUUAGUACACUAAUAUACAGUGACCGUGUCGGUUGUCAUGAUUUGUGAAAAUUGUAUGUAUGCAUAUUGUGAUGUGAUUGUAUUAUAUUGCAUACUCUACCUAGCUAUUUGUUAUCGAUUGUUGAUUGUAAUUAGAAUUCUUAAUUUGGAUUCAUGUAU